AGAGCCAAUCGCUCUUGACCUGACACAGGUAGUGAUGAGAAAUCAUACCGCCAUAACAACAUUCAUCCUGCUGGGGCUGACAGAUGACCCAAUUCUACAGAUUGUGCUUUUGAUAUUUUUAUUUCUCACCUACAUUUUGAGUGUAACUGGGAACCUGACAAUUAUCACCCUCACACUUUUAGAUUCUCACCUUAAGACUCCCAUGUAUUUUUUCCUCCGAAAUUUCUCUUUCUUGGAAGUGUCAUUCACCACUGUCUGUGUGCCCAGAUUUCUGUACACCCUGGCAACUGGAGAUAAAACGAUUACCUAUAAUGCUUGUGCCACACAGAUGUUUUUUGUUGUCCUCUUUGGAGCCACCGAAUUUUUUCUCCUUGCUGCCAUGUCCUAUGAUCGCUAUGUGGCCAUCUGUAAGCCCCUGCAUUACACAACCAUCAUGAACAGUAAGGUCUGCACUACCCUUCUUCUCUGCUCCUGGUUUGCUGGCCUGUUGAUCAUCCUCCUACCUUUUAGUAUGGGUCUCCAGCUGGAAUUCUGUGACUCAAAUCUCAUUGAUAGUUUUGGCUGUGAUACGUAUCCUGUUUUACAGAUAUCCUGCUCAGACACAACGCUUAUAGAAAAAAAUGCCUUGGGUUUUGCCGUGGUAACACUAAUUAUUACCCUAAUUGGUGUGGUUCUUUCAUACACAUACAUUGUCAAGACCAUUCUAAAAUUCCUUUCUGCCCAACAAAGAAAAAAGGCCUUUUCUACACAUUCUUCUCACAUGAUUGUGGUUUCCAUGACCUAUGGCAGCUGCAUCUUCAUCUACAUCAAGCCUUCAGCAAAGGAAGGAGUGGCCCUUAAUAAGAUGGUGUCAAUGCUAGCCACUUCUGUUGCCCCUUUGCUUAACCCAUUCAUUUAUACACUUUGA